CCAGAAGGACCAGCUAUUUUCUAUGAUGCUUCACGAUACGAGCUUGUACGUAAUAUUAGUCUUCCCUCUAUUUUCGGCUGGGCCUUGAGACAACCCGAGUUGGCUGGUCUAUUACAUAUGUCUCAGAUGGACAUUAUUCAGCUGAACACAAAGCUGGAUUGUUCAGGUUUUGAUGAAACUUGUAGUAUUGCAAAGCCAUUUUCCCAAAGUCUUGCAGCCGGUAUUUUCCAUCGCCUCUCUUCGCCAACUGCAUCAUUCUUUGAGGUUGACCAGUCUAAAUCAGAAAAUGACUUACUGAUUGUAGCCAGUACUCAUCUAUACUUCAUGCCUCAACUAAACCGGCUUCGCCAGGCCCAAGCACAGGUUGUCCACUACUACCUGACCCGGGUGGCUUAUUCUGAAGCGGAACUUCGUAACGAUCUAGCGCUAAUAUACGACACCACAAGUUGUCAUCCGCCUAAUGAAACUGACUCUGCAAUUAAUACAGGCGUUAAAAUGGCUGAAUUACUUGUAGCUAUUGAAUUGCGAGUCUGCUGUGCAAGAUGCCCGAUGCCCAUCUUGAUUGGUGGCGACCUAAAUGCUUCGCCAAAUGAGCCAGCCCUGCUUGCACUUACAAACCCCGCUCAGUUUUCGCUUCCGCCGACGGAUACCUUGGAUUCAAAUGACCUCUCUGAGAUGCUCAAUAUAUUGGUAAAGCUUGGUGAGAACGAGUAUCCGCUCCCUGUGGCUAAAUCGGUCGUAAUGCCACCACUAAAGCUGGCUUGCCCUAUUCCUUUGACUGGAUUCACUAAUUGGGUGCCAGAUUUCACUGGAUGUCUGGACGCUAUCCUCUAUACUGAGGGAGGCCGGCAUAAUCCAGAUGAGAAAUCAGAUGCGAAUCCUCGGCUUCGUAUUUUGCGCACAUUACCUUUGCCAAAUAAAGAAGAAAUUCGGCUCGAAUGCCAAAAUGCUGGUGCAAUAACAAGAAGCAAGGAGAUAGACAUUCAGCCUGGCAUGCCAUCAGAUCCGCGAACUAAGAGAUCUAAGCAAGACAGUUGCAUCCAGUUAACGCUCCCUCUGGAUCCUAUUUCUGAAGAAAAUCAGUACGCCCUUCCGAAUCAACUGUAUCCCAGCGAUCACUUGGCUAUGAUUGCUGAAUUUAAUUGGAUUUGA